AUGCUUCAGGAAAUCUUCGGUCCCUUUGAGACCGAUCCAUGCGAUUCUUUGAAAUCCAUCUGUCAGCAUCUUCUUGAAGAAGAUGAUGAUGAUGAUGCCGUCAACGCAGCAUUUUCUACACAAACUCCAGCAAACAUUUGCAGGAGGUGUUCAAGCUUCAGCAAUCUUUUACUGUUGGAGAGUUGGAGCGAGCUGCCCCUAAAAGUCGAUGACUCGGAGGACAUGGUGGUGUACAGCGCUUUACGCGAUGCGCUCAAUUCCGGGUGGACAGUGCCUCUGGCUUCGAGCCAAGAACUGGAUUUCGAAGUGACGACCAUUGAUUAUAACAGCGUAGGUCUGGCGACAGAGGAGAAACAAGAGACAGUGGAGCGUGAGGUACAAGUGCCGGUCAAGAAGACGCAUUAUAGAGGAGUGAGGAGGCGGCCGUGGGGAGAAUACGCAGCAGAAAUGAGGGACCCCAAGAAAAACGGAGCAAGGAUUUGGCUUGGCACUUAUGAGACGCCCGAGGACGCGGCAUUGGCCUAUGACCAGGCAGCUUUUAAGAUGAGGGGGUGCAAGGCCAAGCUCAACUUCCCACACCUCAUCGGCUCCACUGACUACGAGCCCAUCAGGGUCAGCCUGAAACGUCGGUCUGCCGAGCCUAGCUCGCCGUCCACGUCUAGUGGUGAAAGCUUUCUGACAGGGACGAAGAUGAGAAAGAGAGAGGUUAAUGUAGAUGCUAAGGUGGAUUUUCAAAGUCCAAUCCCCUUUCACAUUCUUGAUGUGGGCUUGUUGUGUGUGGAUGAACAAUUUUUGUUUUGA